UGCUCGCGCUGCACUCUAUGAAAGGACGCGGACGAAUGUUUUGCGUCUCUUAUUAAACAUAGUGGGAUUACUUCACCGUUUUUCAUCAGGAGUAACAGUGGACUAAACAGAAAGAGACAAGGGGACCUCAUUAUAGGACAUCAGGAAUUAAAGGAAUUAAAGGCUUGUCAUACGUGUGCAUAUACCCCCAGUUGGUCCCACUUCGCCUGACAAAGUUUAUUUUUUUGUCGACGGUCCCAUGCAGCUGGACCUGAGUUUGAAUUAACACAUUAGAUAGGAGAUAUCGAUGUGACAGGACCCUGGACAGUGAACCAUGGUCAAGACUUUAUGGAGAUAGACAUCCUUUUCAAACAAGUAAAUAGGAAUUAUAUUUUGUAACAUUCUCUUUUUCCAAGGACUCUUUGGAGGUGUGUCCAAUAUCUAAAGCAAUUUAUCCAGCAUGGCUUCCAGCCUAACAUGUACAGGGAUGAUCUGGACUCUGGUGUCCCUGCUGAGCACAGCAGCCUCAUGUGUGGGCUUUUUUAUGCCGUACUGGCUGCUGGGCACUCAGAUGGAUAAGCCGGUGUCUUUCGGCACUUUCCGGAGGUGCUCGUAUCCUGUCCGGGAUGAAGAGAGGCAGGCCACUGUCAUGCUGGAGCAGUGUGGGCGCUAUGCAAACUUUCAGGGCAUUCCGAGCAUGGAGUGGCAAAUCUGUACAAUACUGACAGGGAUCGGAUGUGGUCUGCUUCUGCUGGUUUCGCUGACAGCGCUCAUGGGCUGCUGCAUAUCAGACCUAAUAUCCAGAACCAUCGGACGCGCAGCCGGGGGUUUACAGUUUGUUGGAGGUCUGCUCAUUGGCUCAGGAUGUGCUCUGUAUCCUCUUGGCUGGGACAGUGAGGAGGUCCGACAGACAUGCGACAACAGCUCAGACCAGUUUGAACUCGGCUCUUGCCAGAUCGGAUGGGCGUAUUACUGCACCGGGGCAGGCGCCGCCUCCGCCUUGUUGCUGUGCACUUGGCUUGCAUGUUUUGCUGGCAAGAAACAAAAGCAAUAUCCAUACUAGCAGAUCCAUAGAAGGACGGAAGCCUGAGAAACAGUGGCGAUCACCGCUGCUGCCCAAGGCAUGAUAGUUUUCCUACUUUAAUCCAACUCCAAUUCCAGUUCUCAAGCACUCUUUAGUCAUAAAGACUUGUACUGCUCAUACAGACAUUUGUGUAACAAACAUGAGCAUGAACUACUCAAGAGACUUGACUAUUGACAGUACUUCCUGUGAUCUCAUGUGAACCCAGAGACUGUUUAAUCCAAAAGGACCAAUUAUUGAUUUUUUUAUAACCACUGUUGUGACUUUUACAAGUGUGCUUAUUUCUUUUUUCUCUUGAAUUGGUAUUGUAAAAAUGAGCUCUGGUUCAGUUAUAAGAAACAUAACAGUUUACUUGAAUCUGUAUAAUGCAUUAUAAAGGUAUUCUUAAAUACAUAUGUAUAUAAGUUGUAUGUUCUUUAAAGACGUCUUUAUAGUGCAUUAAACUCUUUAAAGGUGAAACCAUGAAAAGUUAAGUAUUAUAUUGUAUUAUGUAUUAACUAUUGUUACAAUUACUGUAUUUAUAUUAAAGAUAACGCAUUGCUGUGUGUAUUAUAAAUGAUGCAUUAUAUGCAUUAUAAUCAGUGUUGGGUGUAUACAAUUAAGAAGUGAUUAGUCAAAAAAGUAAUGUAACACAUUACAAUUAAAAUUAUUGUAAUGAGAUUUCCAAGUUUUAAAGUAGUACUUAUAAUAAAUUUCAAAUAUGAAUUCAUAUGUAUGACUGUUAGCAUUUUGAAUGAGCGGAAAACCAAAAACUUUUCUAUGAAAAGUGUUUUAGAAAGAAAUGUGAUUGUAUGUGGUUAUUUCUUUAGAGAAUAAUUAAUAAUUUGUUGUGGAUUACUUAUUUUGAGUAACUUACCAAACACUGAUUAUAAUGCUAUAUAUAUAUAUAUAUAUUUCAAGUAAAGUGUUAUGAUAUGUUCAUUACUAUUGUGAAGUGUUUAUAUUUAUAUACAGUGUGAAAUGCAAUAAUAUUCUUGGUUAAUAUCUCUAUAUUGACGCUUUGUUUUAAAGCUUGAUACUUUUUAUAUAAAUGUAUGUUAGACAUAGAGAGUACAAUAUAUGUUCUGAUGAAAUAUGCUUUUGGCUUAUUGACAUAUUGUGUUACAA